UAUCAACGCAGAGCACUUCAUUUCUCCUCUGAUUCUCUUCUGCACUUUCUGUUUGUUUCCCGAGAAAAUAAAACACAACCCAUCAGAAAAUUCAAGAAACCCAUUUCAGCGAAGGAAAAAAAAAUGGCGUUCGAGAAAGAUCUCAACUUGGAAGCCACCGAGCUCCGAUUAGGUCUGCCGGGAACUUCGCCGGACGAUCAAUCUUCUCCGAUCAACCGAAUCAUCUCCAACAAAAGAGCUUUGCCGUCCGACGACCAGAACCCGCCGGAAUCCGGCCGGGACAAUAACUCCGAUCUCACUAAAUCCGCCCAAGAAAAUCCCCCACCCACAAAGGCACAAGUCGUGGGGUGGCCGCCGGUGAGAUCGUUCAGAAAGAAUUGUUUUCAAGCUAAGAAAAA